AUGGCAGCUGGCCUUGCUGACGGUGUCAUUGGCAAGCUAACUGAGAUGGCAGUACAACAGCUGGCCAACGAGGCACCACUGGUAGUUUACUUCACAGAUGACUUUGAGUGGCUGUGUAAGAAGCUCACGUAUGUGAGAGGGUUUCUCACAUAUGCAGAUGGGCAGAGUGCACAGAAUGAGUUGGUGGGAAAAUGGCUACAAGAUGUUUGUGAUACUGCUUGGGAUGCAGAGGACAUAGUAGAAGAAUGUACCAUCUAUGGUAACAGCCCUGAAUCUUUUGUGGGUUGUCAUACAAGAUCUCUGUUUCGGUACAGAAUGGGGAGAAGAAUUAGAAAGGUGAGAGGAAGAUUGACAACCAUAAUGCAAGAUGCAAAUGAGCUGAAUCUGGUUAGUGAAUUGUGUCAUUCAAAUGAAGCCUCGAGCAGUACACGCAACAGAGGAAGAGAACGGAAGAAAUCAAGCUUGUUGGAGAGUGGUACAAGACCCGUGGCCAUUGACCGUAAGAUUCGACAUAUCGUCGGCCUGUUAGAUGACCCUGUUGUUCCUGUGAUUGUUGUUGUUGGCACGGGAGGGAUCGGCAAGAUAUUUCUGCUUCAGCAUGUCUUUUCAAGAGCACAAAAGAAAGUUCCUAAGUUGCAGUCGGAUCUAGCUUCUAAAAUCCAUGUGAGAGAUAUUGGUGGAAACGAAGUGAGUGAGGAUGGAGAGCCUAUAAUUAGUUUAAGAGAUGUUGUAAAGGAACGAGUUAGUGAGGUGCGUGCAGCGGAGUGCAUUCAUAGCCAUUUACAAAGAUCAAGGUCGUUGAUUGUGUUGGAUGAUGUGCGGAGAGAAACUAUUCAAGAUAAUUUGAUAGCAAACCUGGGUCUUCCUGUUAGUGAUAACUGCCACUGCAAAAUUGUUGUCACCAAUAGAAACAGAGAAGUUUGCAGAAAUAUGAAUGCCCACAUUUAUGAGAUGGAGUAUCUCUCCGACGAGGAUAGUUGGAAAUUAUUUUGUGCUUAUGCCUUUGCAAAUUAUCCCCCAAAAGAGUCUCUGCCACACCUUGAGAAGAUAGCUGGUGAUAUUAUAAAGGAGUGUGGUAAGCUACCAUUGGCUAUAAAAACAAUUGCAGGUUCUCUGGCAGGCAAGACACUGCUCUUAAACCCUGUUUUGCAUAUUUUUCUCUGUUUCCCGAAGAUGAAGAAAUAG